AUGGCUGACUUGGUAGAGUUCCAGCUCCUGAAGAAUUGUGCGAAGGAGCUCACCACAAAGGCAGAAAUGCUGAGCAGCAUUGUCAAAGAGUACCAAGACCAAUUCCCUGAGAUCUGCAGAGUAACCUCUGAUUGCAUGCAGCUUCUCUUUGGCAUUGAUGUGAAAGAAGUGGACCCCAGCAAUCACACCUAUGUUCUGAUCACCUCAGGCAUCACCUAUGAUGGGAUGGUGAGUGAUGGGCAGAUCAUACCCAAGACCAGCCCCCUGGUCAUGCUCCUGAGACUGAUCCUCCUAGAGGGUGACUGUGCCCCUGAGCAGAAGGUCUGGGGAACACUGAAUGGGGUGCAUGCCUGAAGGAGGUCUUACACCUAUGGGGAACCCAGGGAGCUCAUCACCAAAGUUGGAGUGCAGGAGCAGUACCUGGAGUACCGGCAGGUACCCAGCAGCCAUCCAGCAUGCUACAUGUUCCUCUGGGGUCCCAGGGCCCACAUUGGAACCAGCAAGUUGAAAAUCCUGGAUUAUUUUCUAAGGGCCAAUAACGAAGAUCCCAGUCUCUUUCUAUGCUCGUGUGAAGGAGUGGAGAGCAAUGAGGAUGAAAGGACCUGA